UAAGAAGGCAGUUUUCCAAUGCUGAACUUAAAUAAACUUGUGAAUGUGUUUACAAGACCACAACAAAAGAAUGGAAAGCAUUAAGGCCUCAAUCCUGCAAUGAGCUCUGUGCAACCAGAUGCCCAUUGAAGUCAAUGGAGCUGUACACUUGCACAGGGGGGCACCCACAAGCAACUUGCUGCAGAAUUGGGACUUAAGCUGGCAGUUGAAUUGCCUUAAAGAAUCUUUAUGAUGGGAUUCUACUUCAAAUAACUUAGACAAAGAGCAAGAAUGGCAGAGAGACCUAUGUGGGAGCAAGUUGGAACAAGUUUUGUGCAUCUCUAUUACCAGCGUUUUGAUUCCAGUAGAGUAGAGCUAAGUGCUCUCUAUACAGAUGCUUCUUGCUUGUCCUGGGAAGGACAGCAGUUCCAAGGAAAAACAGCCAUCAUGGAAAAGUUGAUGAGCCUUCCAUUCCAAAAAAUCCAACACAGCAUAACAUCUCAAGAUCACCAACCAGCACCUGAUAACUGUAUACUUAGUAUGGUGGUUGGUCAGCUGAAGGUAGAUAAUGACCCAGUGAUGGGGUUCCACCAGCUGUUUGUUCUCAAGAAUAUUAGUGACAAUUGGGUUUGCACCAAUGACAUAUUUAGACUGGCCCUGUACAACUUUGCUUGAAUUUUUUUCUGUUCUCAAAUGUCUGUUUCUAUUGCCACUUUCAAAUCUGACACAAAAAUAAAUUGUUGUUUAACUUGUUC